AUGUCGCAGCAGUUCCUCAGCCAGGUUCUCAAAGUCGAGAACGAGACCGCAGACUCUAUAGUCGCUUCACUCCUACAAGUAGAGUCGGACUCGAGCGAAGCUUGCUGCAUCUGCUUGCAAGGUAUCGGAACACUAGAGUCAUCGAAUGUGAAAUUCGCCUCCCUUGCUCUCACAGAGACGAGCCAGAUCUCACUGGAGGACGGACCCUUGGAGUUGAUGUACGAGCCCGUUCCAGCAACAGUGCGUUGGGCCUACGUGACCACAGAUAUCGAUUACCUCUGCGAUGCAUUCUGCGAAGAGCUCGCUGUAUCCCAUAACACGUUAAAUGUCGCGCGGGAAAUGGCUCAACGUCUGGCGCUCAGUAUGGGCGAGCAUCACACGCCAGGUUACAUCGUGUCCGUCACUUUCUACAUGGUAACGCACAUCAUGAAUGAACGCAGAUCGCUCGAGGAGAUAAGGGGAAUCGCAAACGUCCAGACCGAAGAGAUCCACCAGGCCUACAGACGUAUUCAUCCCACUCGAGAGCAGCUGAUCCUACCGCAUAUGUUUGCGGCGCUCGGCGGUGAUAGUGUACAGAAUUUUCUCGAAUCAUUACCUUCACCCAAUACUGAGAACGGAUUUACAGAUCAGGAAGAAGGUGGCACAGACCUUGAGCACUAUCUAGUUCCUGCUCAGCCGAAGCGACUGGAGGAGCUCUGCAAUCAAUAUAGCGACGAGCUGGCCUAUUUCGGAGGUAUUCGUGACAUCUGUCUACAGAUUGCUGGGAAAAUACGAGCUGGGCUGUAUCUGGCGGGUCUCUCUCCUCUGCCGGUCAUCGCAGUCAGUCUCUACAUGGCGUCUCAUCUCGCGAGUUUCGGCACACCGAUUAGGCAGAUAUCUGAGGUCGUCGGCAUCAGCGAGGGCACGAUUCGAAACGCUUAUCGAAGAGUCCAUCCAUGGCGAGGUGAGCUCAUCCACUCCGAUAUGCUCGACACGCACGAGGAUGUUCGCAGACAUAGAGUUCUCCGGGCUAUAGCCUGGCCUGCUUUAUAG